AUGCUGGCCUCAGUGAUCACAACACUCGCCUUUUCUGUGCUCACCUCUGCCGUUCCCAGCAUCCACUCACACGCACAUCUGAAGCCAAGAGAUGUAUCCCCGAACGAUUCGAUUACAUACUGCUCACCGAUAGACAAAGGCGAUGAGGAGCAGUACUACAUACCAUGCACGAAAACGAGCGAUCCAAUCUCCGAAGUCACAUUUGAGAUGCCUUCGCUCGUGAACAGCACGUUCAACAACGGUCAUUACUCAGCCCAUUUUGAGUGUUAUGUCGAGACGCCUAUUGGCGAUUCUGCUUCCUCUCACCUUCACAACCUCUUCCAACAACGCUCUUCGAGGAAAACCCGAUAUCUUGAUAACGCAGUCAUCAUGUCGGACGGAGAAGAGACCCAAUCGCAAGUCGCUGCGGCCGACGAGGUCGAAAUCAGCGCUGAUGCCUCGACCGGCAAGGGCCAGAUGUCGGUCCUCGAUGCUCUGAAGGGUGUCCUUAAGAUCGCCCUCAUUCACGACGGUCUCGCUCGUGGCCUGCGUGAGGCCAGCAAGGCACUCGACCGACGACAGGCACACAUGUGCGUGCUGAAUGAGGCGUGCGAGGAGGAGGCCUACAAGAAGCUCGUUGUGGCAUUGUGCUCAGAGCACAAAAUUCCCCUGAUCAAGGUGCCAGAUGGCAAGCAGCUGGGUGAAUGGGCUGGCUUGUGCCAAAUCGACCGUGAUGGCAAUGCCCGCAAGGUUGUCAACUGCUCAUGUGUCGUUGUCCGUGACUGGGGUGAAGAAUCGCAGGAGCGCUCCAUCCUACUCAACUACUUCCAGACCGAGCAGUAAACGUACGGUCUGUUUCUCGACGCAUGUAGCAUGGGGUUACACGUAUGGAAACGGAUUUGGGACGGGGCCGUAACUAUCGGUUAGCUGGAGCGGGCACGAGCAUCUGAUACCAUCCGGUAGAUAAGAAAAAAUCUGCAUCAUGGGAACAUCGACUGGAGUUCUGUUGCUUUAACCGCACAUCGUUGACUUGCUAUUGUUGUUUUCUCAUGAUCUUCGCUGUGAUGUUCUGAUGCACUCGAAUUCGACACCUGCAUCUUGAAAUACUUGAAUAAUCGUCCCUGAACCAAAUUUGUUCCUAAAUUAUCCUUAGCAGAAGCUCUGUGGAAGGUUUCUAUCGCAAAAAUAAGUGUCUUCUUUUGGCUCGAAAGCAUA